AUGUUCUGUCUUUGCCACUCCGUCCAGGCUCCCGCCCCCACCAGGCGCCCCUCUCGCUUCCUCUCCACCUCCUUCGGCAGACGGAAGUCCCCCUCCCCCACUCGCUCCUCCGCGACCACCAGCCCCGCCAGUACCCCCUUGACUUCCUCUGCUGCCAGCCCAGCGGAGACCCCAUCACGUGGUUCGCUCGACCACGCUCCUCCCCCCGCUUCCGCCGCCCUUCCCCCUCCGCCCGCAACACCCGCAACGCCCGCGACCCCCGUCCCGAAGAGUGCCAAGGUCGGCCCUCUUCACGACCUCAAACGCUUCCUCAACAACCAUAUACCCCACUCUCACCAUGGUACCCCAGCCGCGUCCGCCGGCUCCACCCCCGCCGCCCUCAGCAUGACCGACGUCCGUCUCGCCAACGGCGAUGGCCCCCAAACUCCUUCGUCACAAGCACCUCUCACCCCCGCCACUGCGUCCAUACUCACUGGUGACAACGGGUCUUCAGACCUGCUCACCAUUGUCGGCGAGGUCAAGCACAAGGAGGGUCGCCUCUCGGCUCUCCUUCGCGGCCACCCAAAGGAGAAGCACGUACUGUCGGACGAUAAGGUCAACGGUUCGUCGACUGCUGUCGCCAGAACCCCAUCACCAGGAGGCUCCUCUGCAAAGAGCUCUGGCUCCCCACCUGGUUCUCUCCACUCCGAGACCAGCAAGACGAGUCAUGCGCAGAGCGUUGCUUCCAGCUCGCUACUCCCCGUCAAAGUCGAGAAGCCAAGCCCUCGUAAACGCCAGACGUCUGUGUCGACCGGUACCACACCACACCACACAGCGUCACUCUCACAGGCCACACAAGUACAGAUGUCGAAGAAGUACGGCAAGUGGGGGCGUGUCUUGGGGUCGGGGGCUGGUGGCACCGUCCGCCUGAUCAAGGCUUCGACGAAAAACGGAGGGACCACAUUCGCUGUCAAGGAGUUCAGGCCGAAGCGCCAAGGCGAAUCUGAACGCGAGUACCAGAAGAAGGUGACUGCGGAGUUUUGUGUCGGUAGCACCCUCAAGCACCCCAACAUCAUCGAGACCGUAGACAUCGUCACCGAUCACGGGCACUAUUACGAGGUCAUGGAAUACGCCCCAUACGACCUUUUCAGCGUCGUUAUGUCCGGCAGCAUGUCUCGGCCUGAGAUCUACUGCGUCUUCCGCCAGAUUUGCGACGGUGUGGAGUACCUGCAUUCUCUCGGUCUCGCGCAUCGUGAUUUGAAGCUGGACAACUGCGUCAUGACGAAGGAGAACGUCGUCAAGCUCAUCGACUUUGGCACGGCCACCGUCUUCCACUACCCUGGGAAGAAGAUGACCGCUGCGACGGGAAUUGUCGGCAGUGACCCCUACCUCGCACCUGAGGUGCUCUCCCAGGACAAUUACGACCCUCGCAAAACUGAUGUCUGGAGCGUCGCCAUCAUCUUCAUGUGCAUGAUCCUCCGUCGUUUCCCGUGGAAGAUCCCCGACCCCAAGACGGACCCCAGCUUCCGCGCGUUUCCUUCGCCGCCGCCUGAAGUCCCCCACGAUCAAAAGGAGAAAGGGAAGGAGGCUGCGCACGACGACUCUGGGUCGUCCUCAGCAGCGUCAGAGUCGGCCGCCGCCGAUAGCUCUGUUGCGUCGUCACUCUUCGAGAGCUCGGACAGGACGUCGGUCGCGGACUCCUCGAGUUCGGAUUCCACCGAGCUGACGGCUCCUUCGAUGAACUCUGGGGUCUCUCCUGACGAUCGCGAGGACUACGAGCGCGCUCUCCGCCGCAACCGGGUUCGCGCCUCACUCCAGGCUGGUGUGAUCUCUCAGUCGACGCAGACGCUCCCCGCGCUCUUCCCAGGGUUGGAGGCCGUCCGUUCUCACCUGAACACGACGUUGCGUUCGAACACACUUCACGUGCUUUCGCCCACCGUGGAGGCUGUCAAGUCUGCCCCACAUGCAAUCGACGGCGCAGCGGAGGAUGCCACGGGCAGUCCGAUCAAGACUCGAGACUACGCGAUGGACACCAUCAAGGGACGAGCUCGAGGCGGAGGUUACUGGACCAAAGCGUCUGAGGGCAAGUCUGUGCCCACACCUACGCCCUCCCGCCCCAAGCCUGAGGAAAAGGAGUCGAGCAACACCGUCCGCCGCCGCACACGUACGAGCUCCGUCACCUCCGUUGCGACCUUCCACACCGGCGGCGCCGAGUCCAUCUUCCGCCUCCUCCCUCGCGAGUCACGUCCCGCCAUCCGUCGCAUGCUCUUCGUCGAACCCACCGCGCGUUGCACACUCACCGAUCUGCUCAAGGGCCGUGGCAAGUCGCACGAUCUUCUGUGCGGCUGCCACUCGCACGACCAGGACAGCGCGCCGUGCCCCGAUCACUGUUGCCGACCGGAGGAAGAGGAUGAAGGAGACGAAUGGUUGAAGGGCAUCAUGUCAUGCUCGAUCGAGGGCCACACGUCGACGCAUGUGCACAUCAAGCCGAACGUGGAGGAGAAGCAUCACAAGAGGCGAUUCUUCUAG